UUCCACGUCUGCGCUGCAAGGACAGAUCUAUAUUAUGCCCUGGAUUCUUGGUGCAUUGCAUAUAUAGCGGCUCCAUCUUCCUCCCCGGACGACAGCAAGGAAGGAAAUUGCGUGGUAAUGGCGCUGCCGGUAGUUCAUCCGAGCCAGGAAGAACCCACCCUACCGCCGCCGGCCGGGAAGCAACUCAGCAACCAGCUCGCUGCCGCUGUGAGGAGCAUCAACUGGAGCUACGCAAUAUUCUGGUCCAUUUCAACCAGCCGUCCAGGGGUUCUGACGUGGAAGGACGGGUUCUACAACGGCGAGAUAAAGACGAGGAAGGUCACAAGCUCGGCGGACCUCACCGCCGACCAGCUCGUCCUGCAGAGGAGCGAGCAGCUGCGGGAGCUCUACGAGUCUCUUCUGUCCGGCCAGUGUGACCACCGGGCGAGGCGUCCCGCGGCCGCGCUGUCGCCGGAGGACCUCGGCGACGCCGAAUGGUACUACACGGUCUGCAUGAGCUACGCCUUCCGCCUUGGCCAAGGGUUGCCAGGCAGAAGCUUUGCGAGCAACGAGCAUGUUUGGCUGUGCAAUGCUCAGUGCGCAGACACCAAAACCUUCCAGCGCGCGCUCUUAGCAAAGACGGCGUCUAUCCAGACAGUCGCCUGCAUUCCAUUGAUGAGUGGUGUGCUUGAGCUCGGGACAACAAAUACCGUUUUGGAGGACAUGGACAUGGUGAACCGGAUCGGCACAUCUUUCUGGGACUUGAAGUUCCCAACAUGCUCGAAGUCGGAGGAGCCGAACUCCAGCCCAUCAGCAGACGAUACUGGGGACGCUGACAUGGUGUUUGAAGACCUCAACCAUAACACCAUGGCCACGAUGAUGCCCGGGGAACUCGAGCUAGGGGAGGUCGAGUGCCUAUCCGACGGUAGCCUCGAGCAGAUCACGAAGGAGAUCAACGGGUUCUACGGCCUCUGCGAUGAGCUGGACGUGGGGGCUCUUGAGGAAAAUUGGAUCAUGGGUGGGUCUUUCGAGGUCAUGUCUUCGCCGGAAGCGCUGCCGGCGCCUGCCGCCACCGACGGGAUCACUGAUGGUGCUGUCACUUUUAGCUCUGUUGAACCCUCUCGCUCAUCAUGCUUUACGGCAUGGAAGAGAUCGUUGGACUCAACAAAAGACGUGGCUGCGUCCGUCGCCGGGGAGUCGCAGAAGUUGCUGAAGAAAGUUUUGGCUGGUGGCGCAUGGGCAAAUAAUGGUGGCGACGGUACUGCGAGAGCUCAGGAAAGCACCAACACAAAAAACCAUGUCAUUUCGGAGAGGAGGCGGCGAGAGAAGCUCAACGAGAUGUUUCUGAUUCUCAAGUCGUUGGUCCCGUCCAUUCACAAGGUGGACAAGGCAUCCAUCCUAGCUGAAACGAUAGCCUACCUCAGAGAGCUGGAGCAGAAGGUGGAGGAGCUAGAAUCCAACAGGGUGGCCGGAACAGCCGUCCGAAAACUCCAUGACGUCAGUGGGAAGAAGGUGUUAGCUGGUUCCAAGAGAAAGGCGUCGGAGCUCGGCGGGGACGACACGGAGAGGGUGCUCCCCAAGGACGACGGCCCGAGCAACAUCGUCAACGUCACCGUGACGGACAAAGAGGUGCUCCUGGAGGUGCAAUGCCGGUGGAAGGAGCUGCUGAUGACGCAAGUGUUCGACGCCAUCAAGAGCCUCCGCCUGGACGUGCUCUCCGUGCGCGCGUCGACGCCCGACGGCCUCCUCGCUCUCAAGAUACGAGCUCAGUUUGCCGGUCCUGGCGCCGUGGAACCCGGGAUGAUCAGCGAAGCGCUUCAGAAAGCUAUACGCAGGCGCUGAAAGGACGCGCUGAAAGCGCGACACUGGUGCUGUAGAUCCGUAAAUCUGGUGGCUAUGUUCUUCAGACAUGACAUUAUUUCUUUCGUCCGGUUGUGCAGUGAUGCGGACGUGACGAAAAGAUUUCCGAUUAUUGCAUCCA